AUGAAAGGGAUCCAAAAGGAGGGUGUUUCUGUCUUGCUCGUACGCAUGAGCUGUCUCCAUACACGCCGUUGUUGUUCGUGCGGGCUCAUUCUAUGCUCCAUGAACGCGCCGUACUAUGCAUGUCCACACUGUACUGAACCUCUUAUCACCGCUUCUUCUUCUUCACCAUCCACAUCACGAUCAAUAUCGCGGGACGCUCUCGUUGUACAAAUCGAGGCCGAAUUGGAGUCCACUCUUGCGGCAGAACAGACAGCGCGAGAACGGGAGAUAGAACAGGCCAGGAUAGAGGCUGGCGCAUUCCCGAUGCUUCGCACGGGAAGUGGAUCUGGUACUGCGUCACCCUCACCUGCAGCGAACAGGAUGACUGCUGCAUCGGCACCUCCCUCACGCCAGUCCCAACCCCAAUCCCAGACGCACAAAGUCAUGUCCCUCACAUCCAAACCAGGGAACGCGCGUGGUCGCGUGGUGGUCUCCUCAUAUACCACUGUCACCACACCUGUGCCUUCUCGGCCUAGUUCGCGCAAUGCUAACAUGGAUGACCUGGAGGAGGGUAUGGCACCACGAGUACCAGCACCCGUUCCAUUAUCCAAGGAAGUGGUGCCUCCGCCAACAAAAGAACGGCCCUGGCUGAAUUACGUUCAUGGACCAGUGACGUACAAACCACCACUGCGAGUUGAUGAUGAGCGUGGUACCGUCGCUGGAACAUCGUUAUCCAAGCGUAGGAGGGGUAAGGCGAAAGUGAAAGAUGGUGAUGGCGGGUCAGCAGCAAAGGGAUGGUCAGUUAUAACUCUAUUCACAUUUUUUUUGAUUAUGUCCCAUUGUUCAUUUGCAGAUGAAUGA